AUGGUACUCAACAACAAAAUGGGGACUCGUCAUCUCUCAUCACUUUCCUCCUUGACUAUUGAUGGUGUGUUAGAUCUCAAAUCGUUGCCCAAUGGAUUUAUGCAACACCUGACAACAGUUCAAAAAUUAAAUAUCUGUCGUUGUAGAGAGCUUACGGUUCUUCUAGAGAACGAAAUUGGGGUUGAUCUCCUUCCUUCAGGCCUUCAACGUUUGAGCAUCUCGAGUUGUGACAACUUAAGGAAGCUACCAAAGAGCACAUCUAAUCUCCCAUGUCUUAAAGAACUAAUUAUUGAUGGGGCUAGAGGACUCACAUCCUUGCCUGAAGGGCUGCUGCACAAUCUAAUUUCUCUUAAAAAAUUUGUAAUCAAAGGUUGCGCUGCUCUCGUAUCCUGCCCAGAAAUAGGAUUAUCCACUACGCUUCGACAAUUAGAGAUUGGAGAUUGCGAGAAUCUGGAUUCACUACCCAAGGAACUACACACUCUGACGUCUCUCCAAGAACUUAAUAUCACAAGUUGCCCUGCUAUUGUGUCCUUCCCAGAAACAAGGUUGCCCAUUGCGCUUCAAAAAUUGCAGAUCAAAGAUUGCCAGAAGCUGGAGUCACUACCCAAGGAACUACACACUCUGACGUCUCUCCAAAAACUUGAAAUCACAAGUUGCCCUGCUAUUGUGUCCUUCCCAGAAACAAGGUUGUCCAUUGCGCUUCGAAAAUUGAAGACCCGAGAUUGCAAGAAUCUAGAGUCCUUGCCAAUAGGUCUACUGCAUAACCUCACAUCCCUCCAAUCAUUAUCCCUCUAUGGAUAUCCGAUCCUAAACUCCCUACCCGAUGGACUGGACAAACUCAUGUCCCUUCAAAGCUUACAAAUCAGAGAGUGUCCUGCCCUUGAAUCCUUACCAGACAUGGGGUUACCCACCGCGCUUCUGGAGCUAUCCAUUCGAAGAUGUGGGAAACUGAAUUUUUCACCCAAGGAGCUGCACAAACUCACAAAUCUUAAAAAAUUGGAGAUUGUAGAAUGCUCUUCUCUCAUGGACUUCAAUAAUCAAGAAUCCCUCCUCUUCGAGAUUCGUAAUCUCACCACUCUUCAGAGUCUCACCAUUGGUGGAUGUCCUACUCUUGUGUCCAUCCCAAAGGGCAUACUUCCCUCCAAUCUUUGA